AUGAUGGAUGCUUCACUUUGUACAGUGGUGAUUCUACACCAAAAUAAUGAUCAGCCCUACCACAUUAUCGACCAAGAGCAGCAAGAGGAUUAUCAGCAAUUGAUCAAAUUGAACUUUGGUCAAGUGUACAUACACCAAGACCCUUUGGAGGCCAUCGAAAAAGUCAAACAAUGUCAAAAUGUGCAAUCUACAUUGCUCCUUGUCGAUCUUGACGCGAUUCAGUACAACGAUAGCAUCAGCAGAGAAACCUACAUUGUCCAGUUCUUACAGAAUAUCACACGCGAUUUAAAUACAUUAUUGCCGAAUUACAUACCACUUGUCGUGUGCUCGAAGAACGACUCUACCAACCUCAUGUUAGAUUGCAUUCAUGCUGGUGCGACGGAUUAUCUAUUGAAACCACUCUAUCUUAAUGUGAUAAAGACGUUGUUCCUGAAAUUGCACCGCUGUCAACCCGAUUCAAAAAUGCACGAAAACGUCAAUACCAGCAACGCACCUAUAUUGCUACCACAGCAACAAUCCCUGCCAUCUCCAACCGCUUAUCAACCACUAUGUGACCGAAUCAACGAGAUGAACUCAAAGGAUACACAUCUAUCCAAAAUACUCAUGGAUGUGUUUGUUCCAAAAACAACAAAAGCAACACCCAGAGACCCAUAUCCAAAUAUAUCAAAGAAACGAUCAGCGGAACUCAAAUCAAGAAUUGCGAGUUGGGAUUUCAGUCCGUUUGGCCUGAAUCAACAGGAACUGAUACAUUGCGUGUAUUUGAUUUUUGAGCAGGUAUUGACCCUGCCUGAAUUGAAACAUCUAGACAUCAAAACAGCCCAAUUGUACGAUUUUAUUAUCGAUUUAGCAAGUGUUUAUCAUGACGAAAAUCCAUACCAUAACUUUGCGCAUGCUGUAGAUGUGUUGCAGUGCUUGUUCUUUAUGUUGUGCGAAUUGUCGGUGCUGCCCUUCACCAAGAAAUACAAAAGCAGCAGCAAAGCGAAUAGAAAUCCGCAAGAUUUGCUUCGACCCAAAGACGUAUUCGCCUUGCUGAUUGCUGCCAUUGGUCAUGAUGCUGCUCAUCCCGGGGUAAACAACAUGUUUUUGAUCAAUUCAUCCAACCCGCUUGCGACACUCUAUAACGAUCGCUCAGUGCUAGAGAGUCUCCACUCAAUGACUCUUUUCCAGCUACUAAACAAGCAUGGCAUUAUUCAGUUAGUGGGUGACACGAAAUCUGCCGAGUACAGAGAGUUUAGAAAGACCGUCGUUUCGAGCAUCUUGGCAACCGACAUGUCGCUGCAUUUAGAGUACGUCACCAAGAUCAAAGAGCAGGCAACCCGAGUCAACAGCAUGGACACCAUGAGCGAACAGCAGCAGGAGUCAGAGAGAAAUUUGAUCUGUAGUGCACUGAUCAAAUGUGCUGAUAUCAGCAACGUUGCUCGCCCAUUCCGCUGGGGUGCCAAAUGGGCCGAGCUGCUUGUCGAGGAGUUUGUCUGCCAAGGCGAUCUUGAAAAGGAACUGGGCAUGCCCGUAUUACCCAUGAACGACCGUGAUCAAGUCAUUCUGGAAGAUUCCCAGAUUGGGUUUAUUCGCUUUGUGGCCUUGGACCUAUUUCAAAAUGUGCGUGAAAUUCUUUGUGGUCUUUCGUUUGCCGUGGAUCAAAUGCAGGCCAAUCUCAAACAAUGGGAAACACGAAAGAACACCUUGACUGUGCAUGAUUCCGGUGUGGCUAAUUUGAUCGAGCAUGAAGCUGAUGAGGAUUUCGAUGUGGUGUCCAAUACCAGCACGACUCAGAUGAUGAUGAUGGAGACAGUGGGCAGCAAGCGAUCGAGCAGUAGCCUUGAUUUUAGUUCGCAUUCACCCAACGAUGUCAAGAGAUUGUCGAUAGAGAAAAAGACCAUCUACCACCACGGACACCACCACGUCAUGUCCACCACUACCACCACGACCUCCUCUUCCUUGCAUUACGAUCAAGUUCAAUUAGACGAUGACCAUCAUGAUGAACACGACAGUAUGACUUCUACCGUACCUAGAUGCAAUGGAUCCUCAUCAAAUCAUCAUCACAACCAUCACCCGCACCAACAUCAAAGAAGAGAUGCAGCCAAUCCCGUUUACUGUCAAUGUUCCAUUCAAUGA